AUGGUUAAGUGUUCGUGGUGUCAGAAAGAAACAUUGCCGAAUGAGAUAACAUAUUGUAAAUCAGAAGAUGAUGAUAAACAUAAUUUAUGUUCUUCAUGUCAUUUAUCUGGUCAUGCAUGCCAAUCAUCAUGCCCUUUAUGUUGGCAUGAUCUUGCCCAACUAUUGAUAAUAAGAGAUUGUUUAUGUGCUGGUUGUAUUAAACCAUUAGAUGAAAGAAAAAAAUUUGAUGAUAAAGGUCAUUCAUUAUGUUGUCAAUGUCAAAAAUGUAUUUUAUGUUCAUUUCGUCAAGAAACUAAAAAAGAUUUUUUUUCAUUAUCAUAUCGUGAACAUGAACCAAGAAUUCAAAAUAUUCUUUAUCUUAUGCAAAUAUGUGUACAACGUAUGGAAAUUGAACGUGAACCAUGUUCGAUUUGUAUUGAACCAUUAUACGGAAAUUAUAAUAAUCCAGUAAAAAUACUUGAUAUAUGUCAACAUCGUUUUCAUUCAAAAUGUAUUGAAAAAUGGUUUAAAGAAAAACCAUGUUGUCCAUGUUGUCGACAUGUUUAUCAAAAUCAUGAUGAACCAAAAUUUAAACGAUCACGUCGAGAUCAUUUUAAUGUCUUCCAUUCACAUAAUUUUAAUCAUUAUGAAUCAAAUACGAUCAUGGACACUUAUUCAUAA